AUGCAUAGAAAAUUAAAUAAUAUUCCUCAUCUAAACUUUAUUCCUAAUAAAGAUGAUAAUGCUUAUCUCUAACUAAAUGGUAUUUAAAGUGAAGCAACGUCUCCAAACUAUUUACUAGAAACUCCUAUUUUAACUAACAAGUAAAAAUUUAGAAAAAAUUCAAAUCAUCUUCCAAUUGUUUAACAAUCAUCUCCUUAUAUUAAACUUCCCAUGAUUGAAGAAAAGUUUCUUACACCAAGACAAUAAUAAAUUAAUUUAAUGCCUGAUCUAACAUUCAAAGAUUUAUUUAAGAAUCCUAUUUAUUAUGAAAAAAAUGGUUUGAGUCCUAAAGGAAGUGAGGAAAUAUUAAAGAAAUUAAGAAUUAAACAUAGAAAAGUUGAUUUCUCAAAAAUGGUUGAUAUUGUAGAUGAAACGACUAACUCUAUUAGAAAAGAAUCAUUAAAUGAACAUACUGAACAUCGUAGAGUUAAAAGAAAAACAACAAGAAGAUUUCAUUUAAGCAAUCCUACCUAACUUACGGAAUUUGAAUGA